GGUGUUACCUUCCCCACAAGCUCUUUCUUGGUUAUUGUUUGAGCUGUUGUUUCGUGCAAUUCGUGUCUUGUUCGAUGUCAUUUGGUAUCAUAGCUAGCAAGAUGUUGCCUCAGGGAGGGUUUUGCUUGAUUAAUUCAUUAGGAUGGAGGUGGCGGUUUCCUCCCUUGUUGUCCUAGGUAAAGCUGGACGUUAUUUCUAUGAGAAGAUCGUGCUAAUGUUGAAGAGCUAGAUGCUCUUUAUUUGUGAAAUUAGGCUCAUAAUUCCUCUGGGUGGUGGAAUUCGACAAUUCAGCCGAAAAGAGCGGAGUUAUGCUGUCCUGAAGCUAGCCUAGAUAGGGAUAACUUUGAUAUCAGUCCGACUUCUUAUCCUCUUCCCUCCGUUUGUUAGUCCAGCAUCAACAAUUGAAGUCCAAGUACCGCCAUUUUUGCUUCCACACUAGCCGUAAGAGUUCAACAACAUUUCUUGUUGGCUUGUACUAGUAGUUCCAACCGUUCUCCUCUCUUUCAUCUUCCAGCCUUCGAUAUCCUGUACUUAAUAGUGUGUACGUAUUAGAGAUUCUUCCCCAAAAGAUAAACCUGCAUGGAUCUGCCCGUGUCGCGCCCUUCGACCACGCGGCCCGUGGCCUGCAUUGGUCCGACCAAAUCCCCCACCCUGUGCUCAUCUCGUUUACGUGUCCUGCACUCAUGCCAGACCGCUUGUACAUGCCCAAUCGCGUCUCGACAGUGCAGGAAUCCCUUCCAAGAAAGCCUGGGGGCUGCCGUUCUUCUUCCAGCUAUCAAGACACCUGUGACCAACCUAUUCCAGCCACUAAUAACAAAAUUCCUGGUUCUUGGUCCAGAAAUCAACAACUAAACAAAGCAAGAUGUGGCCUAGUCGGAAUCCACAUAAACCAGUGCAAAAUUUGGUGGUUGACGAAUUUCAAAGAGAAAUUCAACCGCUUCAACAAAGGUUAGCAAGAUUAUAGCAAAGAAAAGUUGGGGAACGUCAAGAAGAGGAAGAAUACAUUAGCUUUUUCAUCAAAAUUUGUCGAGUAAUGAAGAGGCAAGAAGGCGACAUCAGAACCACGCUAGGCGAGGAUUAUGAGAUUAUGGAGAUUAUGGGAUGAUGGAGAAAUCAAGAUUAAUAUAUUUGAUUUUGAUUAGAUCCCUUCUUCCUAUGAAGACAUGUUUGAAGACUCACCCUGUAAGUCUUCAUCCACACCCUCAAUCGAGUCCAUCUUCAAUGGAUUUAAAGGUCAAUUGUAGAAAUCGUCGUCUAUGGAUGUCUAUAAUGAGCUUGUGUUUGAUGACAACAUAUUUGUUGAAGUUCUUGGUCUUGAUAAGCCCGUGUAUGAUGAAAACAUUUUCGGUGGAGUUCUUUGUCUUGAUAAGCCUGCAUAUGAUGAUGACAUGAGCAAGCUGGGUGCAUUGCUGGAGUUAUUCAUUCAUAUCAUUCUUGAUAAGGCAACAAAUAUGCUCACCUUCAUUGAUAGCAAAAUUGGUAUAACCAAAUCUGAUCUUGUCAACAUCCUUGGUACCAUUGCGCGUUCCAGCACAAAGGAGUUCAUGGAGGCGCUAGUUGGUGGUGCUGAUGUUAGCAUGGUUGAUCAGUUUUUUGUUGGGUUCGAUUCAUACUUUGAAGAUGCUGUUUAAAGGAGCUAAUAAAGAAGCAUUCUGAGUUUAUCAGCUGUCCCAUUUUUCUCUGGAUUGAGAAGACUACUAAGAAGAAGAUUUCUGAUGAUGAGGAUAAGAAAAAAAAGAAAAAAAAAGCAAGAUUCUUAAGUUCAUCAGCAAGUUUCAUCGACUUAAACUUCUACCAAAGUCUCUCCUAGACGGGGAGAAUGACAUCGGGUGGACCUAUCCAAACCGGUUCAACCAAUCAAACCCACCUCCUUUCUAUUGUUAUAUGUUACUUCUUCCUCUUGUUAGUUUUCUUUAAUGUUUGCCUCCAAAGGGAUCCUUGAGGUAGCCUUACUCUAUAAAUAGAGGGUUUAUCUCCUCUGUUGUAGGCAUAUUAGACAGUUGAUAAAUGUUUUCAAAUUAUGUUUUUGUGGGUUCUAUAUCCGGGGUAGAUCAGGUGGUGUUUCCCUCCCAAAAAGCUUGUUCUUGGUUAUUGUUCGAGUUGCCAUUUGCCGCAGUUCAUGCCUUGUUCGAUGUCACGCCCUCUCUCAUUCCCAUAGCCAUCGAUACUGCUAGUCGCCGUCCUAGUUGCUUCUACCUAGUACCCACCACAGCUUCAGCUGUCAACCUGUCACACUAAUGUUUGGCAUUGUCGAUGCUGUUGUCUGCACCUGUGCCACCUUUCACCUAUUUUCCCUUCCUCCUCUCACUUUUACUCUCUUUCUAUUUCCCAUACUCUCUCUAUCUCUCUCCUCUCUUCCACUCUCUUUCUCUAACUCCCUCUUUCUCUUUCCACUAUCUGCU